AUGCUAGAGCUAGGUUACGGCGCGAGCAGCACCGAUUUCACCUGCGGCUAUCGCAUCUACAUAUCCGGCGACACGCUAAUGGUCGACGAACUGAACGAGAUCCCCAAACGCUACGCAGGCCACCAAAUCGACCUCAUGCUCGCCCAUCUCGGCGGCACAACCAUUCCCUCGCCCUUCAUUGGUCGACUUAUGGAGCCGCUCGCAUUGAUGGUGACCAUGGAUGCGGAACAGGGAUUACAAUUAAUCCAACUCAUUCAGCCGGAUCUGACAAUUCCAAUUCACUACGAUGAUUACGAUGUAUUCACUAGUCCAUUAGAGGAUUUCCAGCGGAUGGUCGAGGCGGCGGGGUUGGGGGAUAGGAUUGUGAUUAUGGAUCGGGGGGAUCAGUUUCGGUUUCUGGUUAAAGGAUUGGAACAGGAGCAGGAGUAG